CUGUGUUCCUGUUAGAGCCACCAGCACAAGCACCAGACGAUGCUGAUCCAGGUGAAGGCCCCAGUGCAGCAGCAACAGCACAUGAUGGAGACGAUGAUGAGGAGGAGACCAUCUCUCUGGAUUCCAGAAGGCAUGAGGACCCAGAUGCUAUACAGUGGGAAAACCAGCCUGGCAACAUAAGCUCACAAGCUAUCAGAAAGUUGUAUGGCAACCACCUCCGGCGCCAAAUAGAACUGGCAGACAUAGACAUUCAGUACAAGAAGAAAAAGAUGGAAAAUCUUGCACUGGAGUCCGAAAUAAAAAAGAGGACAAUUAGGAAACUGGACCUUGAAAUAAAAAAACUUGAGAGGGAGCUCCAAGAAGAUGACACAGCUGAAAAUAAAAAUUAGCAAUCAGUACAACCAAGUCAUCGUUAUAAGGCAUCGCCCUCUUUUGCCCACCCCCCCAGCACCAGGUGUGGCCACUAGCCUAUAUGAAGGCCCAAAAUUGUGUGUUCCUUUCUGCUCUGACAAUGGCAUGCCCAUUCGUGCGAGAUGUGGUGGAUGAAGAAGCACUUGUGCUGAGGAGAGCCUUCAGGCGAGAAAGGGUCUUCAGGGACCGGUUGGACCCACUGGCCUUCCCUGAUGACCAUCUAUAUGAAAGAUACAGGUUUUCUGCAGAUGGCAUCAGGUAUCUAUGCAGACUACUGGGUCCCAGGAUUAAGCACCGCACUGCACGGAGCCAUGCACUGAGUGUGGAGCAAAUGGUUUGUGUGGCCUUGCGCUUUUUUGCUAGUGGAGCCUUCCUGUACUCAGUGGGGGAUGCAGAACAGCUGAACAAGGCCACAAUUUGCCGCACAAUAAGGAGUGUGUGUCUGGCUAUCAAAGCAUUAGCAGAUGUCUUCAUCUCCUUCCCUGGCCACAGAAGACUCUGUGACAUCAAAGAGGAGUUCUAUAGGAUUGCAGGUUUCCCCAAUGUCAUUGGUGCAGUGGACUGCACACACAUAAGGAUAAAAGCCCCCUCAGGUGCCCAUGAGGCCGAUUUUGUGAAUAGGAAAUCCUUUCACAGCAUUAAUGUUCAGAUGGUCUGCAAUGCUGACUGUGUGAUCAGCAAUGUUGUGGCAAAAUGGCCUGGCUCAGUCCAUGACUCCAGAAUCUUUCGGGCCUCUGAAAUCUAUCAGUGCCUAUCACAAGGUGAAUUCUCUGGUGUGUUGCUGGGAGACAGGGGGUAUGGCUGCCAGCCUUUUCUCCUGACACCUUUCACAGACCCCCAGGAAGCACAGCAGGCCUACAACCAUGCCCAUGCCAGGACCAGGGCCAGAGUUGAAAUGACCUUUGGCCUCCUGAAGGCACGCUUUCACUGCCUUCACAAAUUAAGGGUCAGCCCUGUUAGGGCAUGUGAUAUUACUGUGGCUUGUGCUGUCCUCCACAAUGUGGCCUGCCUGAGGAAGGAGAGGGCCCCCAGAGUGCCACCAGCCAUGGACUGGGACAAUCCGGCAAUCUUCCCUGAUGACGACAGUGGUCGGCUGCUGAGGGACCAAUAUGUGUUGAAUUAUUUUAGUUAGUAUGUGUGCUUUCAAUUUUGGUUAAAUAUGUCCUGCGGUGGCAGAGGAAUUUGGUUUUUUUUGGGUUCGUUUUUUUACGAAUUUGGCCUCUUAUGAUGUUUGUGCGGUAUACUGUGUGUAAUACAAGGCUGCAGGGAGGCUACUGCAUCCAUUCAUUUGUCUGUUCAGUUGAUGUGUAUGGAUUUGUCCUGCAUUUAUUUUAGUGUGCAGACAUGCAGGGUGUGUUAUAUACAGACCUUUGAAUGUGUAUGUAUCAUUUUGUAUAAUAUGCUUGGAUUCUGUGCUUUCCAUCUUGUAGAGUCACUGUGACUUCAGUUUCGAAAGGAGCUGAUGGUUUACCUGCUUUGUUUUGUCCUUAUUCAAUAAAGGAACAUAAUGUUA